CGGCGCUGCCCACUGGUGAUAAACGAGGAGCAAUUCUGUUCCCAAGAAGGAAAUCUUUUCUUGUUAUUCAAAUACUGUUCUCCAGCCCCGAGCAACCUCUCUUUAACACGGAUCCAUCCCGACGCGAGUCAUCCGGGCCGGUGUUACAGCUCUCGUGGGGCAGGAGCUCAAUGUUGAGCAUUAAUGGGUCCGGAACCGAACUUCUGGCCGGGCGAGCCAGCAUCCGCCGGAACCGAGCAUGCAAACCCGCCUUGGACCGAAAACACCAUGCGCCCUAUACCGCCAUAGCAUCAGAUCGAAAGCAAGGUACAAAUGGCUGUCUACGACCUGACUCGAGGCAAUGGCCGGUCGUGACAAUCCCGACAAUUGAACUAUGGGGCCGACGACGUCUUAUGAUCUGUGCCUUGGCCCAAGGCGUAUGUUACUCGCUGAUCACCGUGCUGCUGCGCUUCAGUGAUGAGAAAGGAGGCGCCAACAAGCAUGCAUAUGGCUCUGCGGCCGUGGCCUUCUUUUUUGUAUACUACAUCUUCUUUGGCCUGGGUUUUCAAGUCAUCGAAUGGCUACUCUCGGUUGAGCAUACUUAAAAACUGGCUCCUCCCGCGUCAGGCGGAAAACGAUGUUCACAUUAAAUACAUCAAACGUUACGAUAUCAUUUCAUG